AUGGACGAGGAGGCAGUGGUGCCGGAUACCGGCCGGGUGAUCAUUCACUUUGACGUCGACGCAAUGUAUGCCCAAGCCGAGGAGGUGCGGAACCCCUCGCUGCGCGGCAGGCCGCUGGGCGUCACCCAAAAGUACCUGAUCGUCACCUGCAACUACCCGGCACGCAGCCACGGGGUCACCAAGCUGAUGGGUGUGGCAGAGGCACAGAGGCGCUGCCCACACAUCGUUUUGGUCAGCGGCGAGGACCUGACGCCGUACCGGGCAGCUUCCAAGCAGAUACUCGCGGUCCUGAAGCGAUACGGUACCGCCGAGAAGCUGGGCCUGGACGAGAUAUUUGUAGAUGCCACACCAGAGGCCCAGCGGCGGCUGGCGGCGCUCGCGCGUAGCGGCUGUGAGCUGCCCGCCUGGCAGGGCCACGUGCACUUGAGUGGGACGGAGCUGGUGCAGGACAGCAGGCACCGUCCCAUGGACCUCCGAGCCGUGGCAGCAGGCCAGGCCCCGGCGGCAGGGGGCGCAGCCGCCAGCUGCGGCGCGGCAGGCGCGGGCGGCAGCGGCGGCAACAGCUGGGAGGCGCUGCUGCGCAUCGGCUCCGUGAUUGCCGCCGAGGCGCGGGCGGCUGUGCGCUCCGAGGCGGGCUACCGGACCUCUGCGGGGGUGGCGUGCAACAAAACGCUGGCCAAACUCUGCAGCGGCCUGCACAAGCCUGAUGACCAGACCGUGCUGCCGCCGCCCGAGGGCGCGGCCUUUGUGGCGCCGCUGCCCGUGCGGGCGCUGCCGGGCGUGGGCUACAAGAUGGAGCAGGCCCUGACGGCAGCAGGCCUAGCUACCGCCGCCGACCUCCGCGCGCUGACCCGCCACCAGCUGAUGCAGCGCUUUGGCGAGCGCUCAGGCGCAUUCCUGCAUGCCGCCUGCCGCGGCAAGGACCCCAGCCCGGUGCAGGAGCGGGGGCCACCCAAAUCGGUGACAGUAGAGGACUCGUUCAAGACCUGCCGCGGCUUGGCGGCUGUGGAGAAGGACAGCAGGCGGCGGCCUGCCACGCUGACGGUGGCAGCCAUAGCGGCAGCAGCCUUGGGGCUGCUGCGGCGGAGCCUGCUGGAGCCUUUCGACCUCAGCCUGAUCAACCUGGGGGCCACAGCUUUCAGCGAGGGGCCAGCAGGCGCAGGUGCGGCGGCCGGCACCCGCAACAUCGCUGAAAUGUUUGCCGCAGGACGUACGGCAGCUGCAGGAGCGGCUGCAGCGGCUGCAGCUACCGCGGGUGUGUCAGAGGCUGCCAGCCAGGAGCCGCCUGCCGCCCAGGCCGCCCCGUCUCCUCAGAAUCAGCCAGCGACGAUGCUGGCCUACAGCAGGGCAGCUGCAGAGGCUAGCGCGCAGCAGCGGCGCAGCUACAGCACAGCACCACUGCAGGCCCCGCUGCUGUCCAAGAGGGCUGAGAGGCAGCUGCGGGAGCAGAGCGCUCAGCUGCUGCAGCAGCAGCAGGCUCAUGGGCCACCGCCUGCCUCGCCGCAAGCCUUACAGCAGCAGCCUCAUCAUGGAAGUUUUGGGUUUGGGUUUGAUGGGCAGCACGAUGAGGAGGGCGACGAUGCCAGCAUGUGGGCCGACCUGCAGGACCUGGCAGCCUGGCGCAGCGACAGCGGCAGGCGGCACAGCCCAAAGCUGGCGGCAGCUGGGCUGGCUGGAGGCGAAGUGCGCUGCGACGUUGGCUUGGCGCAGCAGCAGGGUGCCGUUGCAGCACCGCCGGCGGGCUCGGUGGCUGUUCAGCAGGGCAAGCAGGAGCCAGGGGAAGCUGGGGAGCAGGAGGCAGGAGCACCGCAGGCCAAGCAGGCGCGACUGCCUCUUGCCAGCAAGCCGGCCACAUACCGGAAUGCCGAAGCGCUGGCAAUUCAGGAGCUGUUUUUUUAUGGGGGCAGCAGCAAGGAGCGGGCGAGCCUGGAGCUUGCGCUGCAGCUGCAGCAGGAGGAGGUGCAGGCAGCGGCGGCAGCCCGCAAGCGAGACGUGCCGCCAGCUGGCGGCGCCGGCAGGCAGCACAAGCAGCGGCGCGGUGGCAGGGGGCCGCUGGAUGCCUUUUUCAGCUGCAAGGGCUGA